GGUCACUGCCAUGUGGACAUUCCUGAAUAACAGGGAGGCGAAAUCCCCAACAUGGCAACAGUAUAUGUGCAAAGGGGACAAAGGUAAAGCGAAGAAGAGGGAGAGUUCUUCCUUUACAAAGACACAUCACACCACAUAGCAUUAGUUUGCCUUAACUGCAUUUCCAUUGAGUUAAGAAGACUGCUGGCACCUGAUCAUAACACUGAGUUGUUUAUAUCACAAAGAUAGACAUGGCCUUCAAUGGAAAAUGGAAAAUCCACAGUCAAGAGAACCAUGAGGAAUUUCUGAAAGCAAUGGCUGUACCUGAGAUAUUUAUCAAGAUGAUCAAGGGUAUCAAGCCAACAACAACAAUUGAACAGACAGGUGACGACUUCACCAUCCUAGUUGAGACACCCCUCCGCACUGUCAAAAACUCCUUCACUAUAGGAAAAGAAGCAGAAAUCACUGCCAUGGAUGGAAGAAAGUUUACGUGCACUGCCAGAUUGGAGGACAGGAAGCUUAUCUGUGCUACCGACAAGUUCACCCAUGUCCGAGAACUCCAAGGGGAGGACAUGAUUGAGAAUAUUACUGCAGCCUCUACUACCCUCACCAGGAUAAGCAAGAGAGUCUGAUCUGUCAAGCAGCAGAGACAUGGAUUUAAUUUUGAAUUGGAUUUAAUGAAAUUAAUUAAAUUAAAAUACCUUUGGUCUGAGGUAAUGCUAAUACUAUGUUAUGUUAAAUGUUGAAUUAAAAAGGCAAAUGACUAACAUCUGAAUGAAAAACAUUGCAAAUAUAUUUUUUUAUUAUGUCUGUCUUUG